CACAGUCUGUCCGGCACUAAUGAGCAUUUAACAGCAAUCAAGCCUUUUACCCACAAUGCACUCUGUUUUACUUAUUAUUAUCUUUAUUUUAAAAAUGGCCCAUGUAUAGUUAAAACAUAAAUAUCAACAUUUUGAUGCACAUACUAUUAAAAGUAAGUAAUAAAAAACAUUAAAAGUAUCAAAUUCCCAAUUGUUCCCGCAGUUGAAUGUUCUUAGAAGGAACACAAAAAAAAGAAGUAAAGUUACAAAAAGGUGUUUCACUGCUUUUCAUCCAAAAACAGGGGGUUUGAAAGAGUGAAUUAAAAGCUUGUAUUUAGGAAGAUGUAAUUAAUGAGAGGAGCAGAGAGAAUGAAGGAAACAUGCUAUUAGCACUUUUGACAGCUUCAAUGUCCACGAGCCUUAUUUAUUUAUUUAGUCUGCCGGGGAUAAUCGGGGCUCCACAAUAAAAACACUGGUCGGAGGGCGGCUGCGGUUUCACUUAAUAUUCAGAUGUCAGAUUAACAAAAAAAGGUGCUUGAGGAAAAUGAAUAUCCUUAUUGGUGUGUCUGAUGUAAUCAAGCCUUGUGUGUGUAUACUGUAUUUUAGGGUUUUUAGCACAUGUAUAAUAAUUCCAUACGCGGAGGGCCUAGUGCCUCGCUCAUUCAGAAAUUAAACAUGUAUUUUUUGCAAAGGGAGCGCUGUAAAAAAGCACAAACUUCGCUCGGUGCAGCUCUGAAGGUAAACCAUUGUUAUUUAUUUAUUUGUUUGUUCACUUAUUGCUUGUUUUAAUUUUUCUUUUUUGCGUUUUAAUUAGAUUUUUGUUGUUUUAAUUAGAUUUUGUUCUGUGUUUUAAUUAACAUGUUUUGUUUUAAUUUAAUUUAUUUUUGUGUUUUUAUUUAAAUAUUUUUUGUGUGUGUGUGUUUAAAUUAGAUUUUUUUGUUCUAGUUUGAUUGAUUUCUUGAGUUUUAAUUUGAUUUUUAGGGCCAUUGCGUUGAACUGACUGAUAAGCUAUAGCAACACCUGGGAAUACAUGUGUGUGUUGUGUGUAACCUUUUAUAAUCCAUAACCACAGAAGAGGCUCAUCUGAUGUUUUCUUCUUCUUCCAAACAGUUCAAAUACAGACUUAUGGUGAUUAUGCAGGGAUGGAAAAUAUCUUCAUACUGUCAGAUGAUACUGUAACCUGUUAGAAAGAGACUUAUUGUGGUUUAGUGUACCUCUAAUUUCACUCAGAUCCUCCAUAUAUCUGCUGUCAUUUCAACACUGACUUCCAGCGAUUGUACAUUGAUUUUUUAAUGUAAUUUCUUUGUUUGUGAGACAUUUCCAUCACAGCACACUGACACUUUUAUUGAUAAUUGAUCAUUAUCAUGCAGCUUUUCGUCCGGAUGAGUAAUACUGUAACGCGUCUCAUAUCAUCACAUUAAAGGUACAGCGCGCACACGGAUCGACAUGUUGCAUGUUUCUUAAUAGUUUGAAUCCAGAAUUAAUAAUUUCACAAAUAUUCUGAAGCGAUUGUCUGCACGUUUGAAAUUGACUCCUUACAUUGUUUCCUCGUGUAAAAAAAGGUAUUUCACAGUCCAAUGACGAGCAUAUGCAAAAACAGAAUAUAUGUAGUUAUCUACUCCUUGACUUUAUUUGAUACGAUAUAUAAUUAGUUACAAAUUUAUUCUCAAAUUUCUUUUCGGGGUUUGAGGUUUUCAACAUCUUCCUGCUCCAGCUACUGUACGGCCUGAAGAGAUAAAAGAGAUUUAAGAGAUUUAAAAAAUGUGUUUUCAGUCAAUUUUCACGCAGACAAAUUGUGCAGAAUAUUUAUGAACUAUUCUUUACGUCAUGCCCUUUGUUUGACUUCAUUAUUACCCAGCAUUCAUUAUGUCUGUGCUAAGGGUGUUGACUGUAUGCUGACUGCUUUAAAACUGUCAGAAGAGGCUUGACCUUUGACCUCGAGGCUCCUGCUUUUUUUGUGUGGACCGAUCAUUUCCAUCGAGGACCUACCUGUGAAAUAUGAAAUAACCCUCAUGAGCUCCCCUCACCGACUGAACUCUCUUUAUCUGCAAAUCUUACGGCCGUGUUAAAAAAAAGCUAUCCUCUAUAUUGUAGUCAAAUGGAUGUGUGUCGGUUGAAGUUGUGGUGCGUAUGGAAGUGAUACAGACUCCUGUUACAUGUGUUUUGCCUGUCUGCUGUUACAAGUAUUACUAAACUGUGUACAAAUGAUGUUCCAGGUCUGUUUACCGUUACGAGAUGUACAUAUCGAUCAAGUGCAGAGCACAACAAUAAAUAGUAAACAGAAAUACAGAAGUAGCAAGUUUUUACAGAAUGUUUCUUUUUUGCAUUUCUCCUUUUGACCACUAGGGGGCAGCAAAGUACAACAAUAAAUAGGAAACAGAAAUACAGAAGCAGCAAGAUUUUACAGAAUGUUUCUUUGCAUUUCUCCUUUAGACCACUAGGGGGCAGCAAAGUACAACAAUAAAUAGGAAACAGAAAUACAGAAGAAGCAUGACUGACAAUGUAGGAAAGAUAAUUACGGGUGGUAUGACGCACCUGUUUGGCUAGAUCAUUGGAACAGUGGACUACGUCGGCGUCUGUCAUACGAGGCAUGCGGGUUCGCGGCCCGCUCGCCUCGUAUGACGGACGCCGACGUAGUCCGCCGACCAAUGAUACAUCCAUUGAUGUUGCCAAUGAUAAGUUUCAUACCUUGUGUAUUUAUAUUUUCUACAUUGUUAGUUGUUAGUGAGCUCCCAGUGAUAAUUAUACGGUAUUCAAAAUUAUAAAUACAAUUUACCCUUGGGGAUUAAUAAAGUAUAUAUCUAUCUAUCUAUCUAUUUUCCUUCCAAUAUCUGAUAUGGCAGCACAUUAAUUUAUAUGUAAUGCCAAAAAUAAAAUAAUACAAAAUAGAAACAUGUAAAUAGGAGUUACAUUGCUGUAGAUCCUCUCUUUUCUCUGAUGAAGUUUAUAUGGUAAUAAACGUUGCUUUAAUACGUUAUCGUGGGGAUACGGGAAGAGGAAUCUGAAGGUUACUUGGGGAGAGCGUCGCCGGGACGCGGCGUCGUGACGUCAUCAACGCGCGACGACAUCUUGAAUUGUUGUUUCUUUAAAUCGUGGUCGGAUGAAGCUACAGUUUGGCAUUUCACAGACAAGGUAGUGUAUGCUCGUGUUUUGUUUUCACUCACCCGCCACACUUUGUUGCUUUAUCCUCCAUAUUACCUAAAAAAAACAUCCCCGCGACCGCUUUUUGUCUGCGGACGCCUCAAAUUUGCAACUGAAAAUGGAGGAAAAUGUGUGCAGUCGGUGCUUUGUGCUUACGCCUGUGUUGUUUGGGCUGCAGUUAGCUUUGUUAGCUUCAAGGAAAUUACUUACUUUGUAUAAAAAGUUUCCUCUUCUUAAGUUAAAUGAUGGGAUUGUGUUCUCGCUGUGUUCUUAAAUAUAUUUCUGCACGAUCCUGCAGCCCGACGUCUCGCUUACCCGAGUCCACGAACCCUUAGUUCUGACUGAACAUCUCCACUUGAGGGGAUUUUAGCUUGCACAUAUGCAAAUGAUCAGCGACAAUACAAUAGCUAUUUGAAUACGGUGAGUAUGUGCAGCUCUGGGAGUCUCGCUGCAGUGUUGCUCACAAGCUAACUGCUACUGUCGCUUUAAACUAAAUAUCUGCUGUAUGGGGAAAAAAAGUGAUGAGAAUACACAACAGUCAUGUCGGUAUCUUAUUUGUUGUCUAUCAUUGGUGCAAAAAUAUAGUUGGUUACAAGCUAAAAAGAACAAUUAGCAGUGAUCCAAGCUGUUAAUUUAAGAUGAUGCUGUCACUUCAGUUUUUGCAAUUGGCUCAAACAUUAAAUGCAUAUUAUCCCCCACUGAAAGAGAGGUAGAUAUAUUUAAAAUCAUCUCUUUUUACACAGCAAAUAUGUCGUUCUACAGCUUGUUGAUGUGUCUUUUCAUCGGCUCUCAUUCUGUGCUCGAACCAGGGGACCAUGGUGCUGGUCCGUUCAGAGUCUACCCGUCAUUGAGGAACACCGUAUACCAGACGGGCACGUUGUCAAGUGGGUGACCUCUAUGGCUUGAGGAACAACCCGUUUCUUUCACAAAGCAAAAGUACUUUGCAGAAGAAUUCCUGGAGGGAAGCGUCGGGAUACAAAACGCAACACGUGAUAUUCAGAGGACCCAAAGGAAGGAGGAAUAAGGCGUUUGGCCGGGUGGGGGUGGCGUCGGGGAUGGGGUUGAAGAGCCAAAGGAGGACGUCAUGGUUCACAGCGGCUCUGCAUCCCCAAUGAAAACAACAACACCGUCAGCCUCGCCUCAUUUAACUGUUCCCGCUGCAGCACCUCCUCCUCCAGCGCCUCCUCCUCCUCCAGCGCCUCCUCCUCCUCCUCCUCCAGCGCCUCCGCAUGGAAAUACUACAAAUCGGGAUCUCGCCGCUGCCACGCCCCUCGCCACGGACCACACCUCCGACUCGCUGUCGACGCAGCCCUCUCCUCCGCCCGAGCCCCCCGCCGACGCACCGGCUGCCGACUCGAGCGUCGCGUCGCCCCGGUCCUCUGCGCAGCCGCCCGCCGCCACCGAGGGCCACGUCAACGGCCGCACGUCGGGCAGGAAGAGGACUCCCAAAGCCUGCGACUGCUGCGGCGCCACCGGCACGGGACACAAUGUCAGAGCCGUGGGCCGAGGGAAAGGGAGAGGGAGAGGAAGGGGGCUCGGAAAGGAGCUCCGAGACGCCCCGAAGAGGAGAGUGGAGGGCCAGCUGACUCGGAUCAAGUGUUUCGACUUGACCGCGGAGAAUAGCGUCGCGGCAGCGGAGGAUGAAGACGACGGCUGCGAGAAGGUGCGGACGACUCUCGCUGUGGCCGAUGCGCGCUCGCGAAUGGACGUCGCUCCGAUUCGUGUCCCUCCGGAGAAACGAGAUGCGCAGAAAACGGAGGACAUGCUGAUGGAAGCACCGGGGGAGAAAGGAGGCGGCGAUGGGAGGGACGUGGAGACGGGGAUAGCCGGCAGGGGAGCACCGGUAGCUGGCGGGAGAGGAGGAGGAGGAGGAGGAGGAGGAGGAGGCGGAGGAGGCGGAGGAGGGGGGAGGCUGGAUGUAGAAGGUGGAGUAAAGAGGGGAGGUUUGGGCGGUGUUGUCAUCGGUUCUAAAAUGGAUCCGUUAGUGUUCGUGCAGAACCACGGGCAAAACAAAGACGCGGAUAUGGACCACGGAGAGCAGACGGACGCCGGCUCGGUUAAAUCUUCAUUCGCCAACGGAGACACGGUGAACCUGAGCGACACCGAACCCGAAGAGGAGCACGUGACGGUGAGGGAGAUGGCCAACGGGCUGCUGUCCGUCUCCAGACAGUCGUGCGCCUCGAGGUCGGGGUGCGACUCCGAAAUGCAGGUGGACCGGACGCCCGAGGGGACGGACCCGCCGCCUCUACCGGCGACGCUUUCCAACGGAGACGUCGUCCCCGCGGCGCACGGCGCCGACCGCUGCUCCGCACUCAUGGAGGUGGAGGGUUGUCGUCCGGCCCCCGCGGCGCCGCCGCCGCCUCCGUUCCGGGGCCCCGUGGCGGUGCUCGGCACGCAGGACGGCUGGGCGCUGAGGGACCACGGGCUGUACUGUGAGCCUGGAACCUGGGCGAGGGCGGAAGGCAUGGAAGACGUGUCAACGGAGCCGGGUGGAGGGGAGCGGCUGGAGCAGCUCACCGAUAUGGUCCACGAGUUCCUGGAGAGUUUCUACAUGAAGUACGGCAGCUUCGUUCCUCUCACGGAGAGCGACGUCCUGGAAUACCUGAAGAAGAACGGCAACUCUGACCUCAGCAAGGAGCUGGACGUCAAGAGGGAGGUGGCUCGGUACCGGGCCGGUCUGGCCUCGGCUCCCAUCGCCGGCUUCAUGGUGUCGUACAACAAGCACACGCUGGGCCUGGAGGACCUCGGCACGCUGGAGGAGCAGAACUGGCUCAACGACCAGGUCAUCAACAUGUAUGGAGAACUCAUCAUGGAGACGACGCAGCACAAGGUUCAUUUUUUCAACAGCUUUUUCCACAAGCAGCUGGUUGCCAAGGGUUACGACGGUGUGAAGAGGUGGACGAAGAAGGUGGACCUGUUCUCCAAGUGGCUGCUGUUGUUUCCGAUCCACUUGGAAAUCCACUGGUCGCUCAUCACGGUCACCAUGGCAACCAAAACCAUCAGCUACUACGACAGCCAGGGCAUCGUCUUCAGACACACCACAGACAACAUCAUGAAGUAUCUUCAGUCUGAAGCCAGAGAGAAGCAGCAGGCAGCGUUCCAGAAAGGCUGGAAGAUCUCCAUCAUCAAGGGUAUCCCUCAGCAGAAGAACGACAGCGACUGUGGAGUCUUCGUCCUCGAGUGGACACAAGGGAGCUCCGACCUGGACCGAGACCGCGUGCGUUGGACCGGACCUCGCCCCCUCGAGCCCCCGAUGGAGUGGCCUUACAUCCCCCGGUGGCCGUGUUCACCCGGAAACAAUGUUUUCAAAACUUUAUUUUAUUGCUGCAGUAUCGACACCUAUCGUUAUAUUAUACACGUGUUUUCCAACAUGUUUAUUCAUAAAGUUUGGGUGUUUUUAUUCAGUGGACCCGUCGGUUCACUUAAAAACUUGAAGGUUUGUGUUGUUCUCUGACUCCAGAUGUUUGCACGGUUCAGAGGCCUUUUCUCUUGUUUUUUUGAAGAGUCUAGAUUAUAACUUGAAUGAACUGAUCACUUGUUCUUCCUGACUGCCUCCAGGCUAAUGGCACAUUGAGGCUUGAAAGGGGGGGUAUACUUUGUUUUUAUUUUUAAGUUAUCAGUUUUGAAACCUUAAUCCAAAUCAUUUCUUAUUAAAAUUCCAGUUGUUUCCACCACAUUUUCUGCCUUUUUUCCCUUUUUGUAGUGAUCCCAUUCUUACCUGAGAGCCACUGUGUGACCAUGAAACCAUCAAUUUGAGUUUAAAACGUUUGUGAAACUCAUGUUAACAGAAACAAGGGGACCGCAAGCUUGUUUUCAUUAAAUCUUCUUGUCCUACCUACAUUUUUGUUGUUUUAUUCCGUUAAUGUAUUUACAGAUUGAAUUGUACUUUUACUGGCCUACGACUGUACAUGCUUGCUUUUGCCUCAAAAAAAACUAUAGUUGUUUCUUGACUGUUUUUAUUGUUAUUAAAAAAAGGCCUAUACUG